AUGAGGAUAGACGAAGCACUUGACCAUAGCCGGCAGAUCACCCGCAAUAAGCAUAACGAAGAAGUAACGAAAAACCGGAAGUGUAUGCGAACUUUAAUUGAGAUCACCUGUUUCCUUGGCACUCACGGUCUCGCCUUUCACGGACAUUAUGAAUGUUCCGAUUCCACGAACAGAGGAAAUUAUAAAGACCUCUGCACGUUGAUCGCCGCCAGGGAUCCAGCAUUCCAGGACUUUAUAAAUAAUAAAGUUUUCAGCGGAACGUCGGGAGGAAUCCAGAACGAGCUUAUAGAAUGCAUUGAAAGCUACAUGGUUCAAACAAUUAAAAGAGAAGUUCUUGAUGCUGAGUUCGUGUCCAUUAUGAUGGAUGAAUCAACAGAUUCGGCUCGGUUAUCGCAACUAUCUUGUACUCUGCGCUACUUACGGCCCGAUGGAACACCAGUUGAAAGGCUCGUUAGAUUGGCAGACGUUAGCAGUGACAAAACCGCCGCUGCGUUGGCCGGACACGUUGAUGAAAUAGCAGCGUAUUUUGGUCUUGAUGGUGACAAAGUUGUAGCUCAGAGCUAUGAUGGAGCUGCUGUAAUGUCCGGGGACAAAUCUGGAGUGCAAACAUUGGUGAAGCAACGGUUUCCAAAAGCUGGAUAUAUCCACUGCCGCGCACAUGUGCUUAAUUUGGUGCUACUUCACUCGUGCACAAAUAACAAGAAAUCAGCAAGGUUUUUCAACACGAUCUCAUCACUCGCGGCAUUUUUCUCGCAGUCACCUAAACGCAGCGAGACAUUAAAGCAAUUUAUGGAGACCCACAUACCAAAUGUUUGCAAGACCAAAUGGUCGUAUAAUUCGCGUAUGAUCAAAAUAAUUGAUUCGAAUUAUGCAGCGAUUAAUGAAUGUUUAGGUGAGAUUUAUCUUGGCGACAGUGUCUUUGAUGCUGAAACUUGUACUACAGCCAGAGGUCUUCACGCAUUCAUGCUUGAAUUCAAUACCGUAUUCUUGCUCAAACUUUUUGCUAAUAUUUUUGCACAUACAGAUGUUCUGUAUCAAAUUUUGCAAACAAAAGAAUUGGACGUAGUAGAAUGUUUACGUAACGUCAAGGCUUGCCUCGCUUCUAUCGAAGAGCUCAAAGCAGAGCAUCAUUUCUACAGAACGCUUAAUGAUGCAAUUGAUGUUUCUGGCGAAACGGUCACUGAUAGCAACGGUAUCAAUUAUCGUCCCAUAAAUAUAUUGUAUUUAAUUUCGUUUAUCCUUGGACAAAACCUGCAUCAAACUUUCUCCGAAACGCUUCGGCUGGCCAGAAUGAUACUGACAUUGCCUAAUACAACGGCGUCCAUCGAACGAACGUUUUCGGUUCUCCGACGGAUCAAAAAUUAUUUGCGGUCUAAAUCGGGCCAGAAUCGAUUAUUUGGUAUUAUGAUGAUGGCUGUGGAGAAAGAUUUACUCCAUGAGAUGAUGCUGACGCCAUUAUUUUACGACGAUAUUAUCGACAAGUUUGCGUUAAAAGUAAACCGAAGGAUUCCUUUGUUAUAUAAAUAAAUGUUGAUAAAUAAAACUUUUAAAAUCUGUUAUCGCAAUACUGUUGUUUUAAUGUUGCAAAUGUCGAUUGAACAG